GUCAUUUCUCGCUACGUCCGCGUUUCCGGGUGGAGGUUUCUGCUCAGGCGUGGAGAGUGAUCCACCUCGCGCGUGAUCCACCCCGCGUGAUCCACCCCGCGUGAUCCAUCUCGUGUGAUCCACCACCUCGCGUGAUCCACCCGGUGUGAUCCACCACCUCGCCCGUGAUCCAGCAUCUCGCGUGUGAUCCACCCCGUGAGUGCCAACUGAUCCACCCCGCGUGUUUAACCCCGUAUCAGCUGAUCGACCCCUUGAGUACCAGAUGAUCCACCCACGUGGACCAGCUGAUCCACCCCACGUGAUCCACCCCGUGGCUUGUGACAUCGUCGUAUCUGCAGUUUGGGGGGCUGUGGCGGUCGAGUUGGAGCUGUGGGCGCCAGGCUCGACUCGAGACCUGGGCGACUUCACAUCGGACAGCGUCAGAGACACGGGACGCGCACGGACUGCUGUUAGCGAGCGCCUAUUAAGGCUGGAGCGGCUUUGUCUCCCCAGUGUUGAUGGAUACAAACUCGCACACCGAAUCUGGCACGGUACUCAGGGCCGUGUUGGACAUCGCCACUGAUGGCAGCCGUGGCCUGCAACGGCUCCGUGGCCGCAGGGUCCACGCCAAGGACCGUGAGAUGUGAUGGCAGCGGCGACUUGGGGAGGCCCUCAUCCAACAGUGGACUGAUCAUGGCUCGUGAUGAUCGAUAUCGUGGGCCAUGCCUGUGAUGUCAGAGGCGACGUGAUGAGUGACGUGGCGGCUGAAGAAGGCGACGUCACAGGCCAUGCCCGGCAAGUGCCACACGCUCCUGCGGGACUGGCUGGGCAACCUGGCCGACGCGGGGCUCUACGGCGUCGCGUGGGAGGACGACUCCCGCUCCGCCGUGCGCAUCCCCUGGGACAGCGCCAAGAAGCGUCUCUCUCGGGACACCGACUCCAUCUUCCGGGCCUACGCGACCAUGAAGGGCCGCGUGGACUCGUCGAAGCCGUCCGACUGGCGCCAGUCGCUGCGCUGCGCGCUCGAGAAGAUGCUGGAGUGCGAGACGGACGGUGCCAAGCUCAGCCCGCCCGAGCUGUUCCGCGUCUACCGCCUGUUUCCCCGCACGACGGGCUGCUCGCACAACCAGAGAACAGCAGAGGUCUCUCAAGUGCCGGAGUUCCGGGCAAGUGAGAUGUCACAUCUCCAAAACUCGUUUGGCGAGAUGAAUAUUGAGCCUCACGGUGCCACUCUGCUGGCGCGCGGCGUGGGAGAAGACCCCGUGCUGUGCCCGCCCCUGGAGACGACGGGUACCCAGGAAGAGGUGGCCUAUCAUCUGGACCUACGCAUCGCCCUUCCUCACCAACACCACCACCACCCGGCGCCGGGCGAGUUCUACCAAGGCGGGGCCGUCCAGCCCUGCAUGCACGACUCCAACGUGUCCAUGGAGAGCGUGGGAUCCUUCCAGGGGGCGGCAGUGGCACCAGCGGUGAUGGAGGAGUUGGUGCACCAGCUCAAGGUGAGCAUCAGCUACUUCGGCCACGUCGUGCUGAUGACGGAGGUGGCCGCCGCCGCCGGGGUGCCGGUGGGCUGCCUCGUCUGCAACGAGGAGUGGGAGCCCAGUGAGGUGGCCAGGUACAGCCUGCCCGGCAUGCCGGAGCCUCGCGUCCUGCGCCUGCCCGCGCCACCCCCGCAGCUGGAGGAGAUCAAAAGGCAGGAGGUUGCGGAGAGAAUCUCCAUCAUGGGCAACGGGCUGCUGCUGGAGGCCACGCCGAAGGGGGUGGAGGCCACGCGCCUCUGCCGCUGCCGCGUCUUCUACUCGGGGCCCGGGCAGCACGCGAGCGAGAGGGCCAACGCCCUGACGCGCGCCGACAAGAGGACGCGCGCUCGCACGCUGCUCUACGACUUUGCGGACUUCCUGCAGAAGAUGAGCGCCUGGUAUGACGGUGGCGCCGACGCGCGGCGGCAGCCGCCCCCCGACUGCGACGUCGUGCUGUGCCUCGGCAGCAAGUGGCCCAACGGGAAGGCCGCGCACAACAAGGCCAUCACCGUGCAGGUGACGCACGUCCACUCCGAGAUGCUUCUGGCGACUGCAACUGGCAGGGAAGACCCGGAGCUCUCGGUCCCCAACUCCGCCGACAACUUCCUCUCCAUGAUGCGGCAGCUCCGCCGGUCGGACUGCGUCGAGUCACAGUGACGCGGGCGGCUGGUGGCCGGCCUCACCGGACGGGGCCCGGUGCUCCCAAUACCUUGAUGUAAAUGUGGGAAUCGACUUUUGUUUUAACGGAAAAAUAUGUCGCGUGAAGGAUGAUGUACAUUAAUAGCAAGGUCUGGCAUGUUAAUAGCAAUACGUUCAUUUUUAAUGUUGACAAACACAAAAGUGCACAUUCUCUCUUGUGAAUUAAAAUCAACAAUGUUUAUCGUGA